GUUCUGCUGGGGACGCAGCCCAGCUCGCAACGUCUCCUCCCUCAGAGUUCUGCAGCCGGUCGCCGGCCUUGUCCUCCCGCAGUGGUCCAGCCAGCGCCGCAGUCCGCCCGCUCCGGAGCUGGGUGUGCUACGCGCUGCGGCCGCUGUCCUGACCGCGGUGUUUGGUCAGCAGAAUCCCCAGAGAGGCGGGAGAGUGCGACCCCGCGCCCCGCCCGGCCAGCCCCGGGCGCGAAGCGGCGGGCCGAAGGAUGAUGGCAGCCUCCGGGGUGGAGAAGAGCAGUAAGAAGAAGACAGAGAAGAAACUUGCUGCUCGAGAGGAAGCUAAACUGUUGGCGGGUUUCAUGGGCGUCAUGAAUAAUAUGCGGAAACAGAAAACAUUGUGUGAUGUGAUCCUCAUGGUCCAGGAAAGAAAGAUACCUGCUCAUCGUGUUGUCCUUGCUGCUGCCAGUCAUUUUUUUAACUUAAUGUUCACUACUAACAUGCUUGAAUCAAAGUCCUUUGAAGUAGAACUCAAAGAUGCUGAACCUGACAUUAUUGAACAACUUGUGGAAUUUGCUUAUACUGCUAGAAUUUCUGUGAACAGCAACAAUGUUCAGUCUUUGUUAGAUGCAGCAAACCAGUACCAGAUUGAACCUGUGAAGAAAAUGUGUGUUGAUUUUUUGAAAGAACAAGUUGAUGCUUCAAAUUGUCUUGGUAUAAGUGUGCUUGCAGAGUGUCUGGACUGUCCUGAAUUGAAAGCAACAGCAGAUGACUUUAUUCAUCAGCAUUUUACUGAAGUUUACAAAACUGAUGAAUUUCUACAACUUGAUGUCAAACGAGUAACACAUCUUCUCAACCAGGACACAUUGACUGUGAGAGCAGAGGAUCAGGUUUAUGAUGCUGCAGUCAGGUGGUUGAAAUAUGAUGAACCUAAUCGCCAGCCAUUUAUGGUUGACAUCCUUGCUAAAGUCAGGUUUCCUCUUAUAUCAAAGAAUUUCUUAAGUAAAACAGUACAAGCUGAACCACUUAUUCAAGACAAUCCUGAAUGCCUUAAGAUGGUGAUAAGUGGAAUGAGGUACCAUCUGCUGUCUCCAGAGGAUAGAGAAGAACUUGCAGAUGGCACAAGACCUAGAAGAAAGAAACAUGAUUACCGCAUAGCCUUAUUUGGAGGCUCCCAACCACAGUCCUGUAGAUAUUUUAACCCAAAGGAUUAUAGCUGGACAGAUAUCCGCUGCCCCUUUGAAAAACGAAGAGAUGCAGCAUGCGUGUUUUGGGACAACGUAGUGUACAUUUUGGGUGGCUCUCAGCUUUUCCCCAUAAAGCGAAUGGACUGCUAUAAUGUAGUAAAGGAUAGCUGGUAUUCCAAACUGGGCCCUCCAACACCUCGAGACAGCCUUGCUGCCUGUGCUGCAGAAGGCAAGAUUUACACAUCUGGAGGUUCAGAAGUAGGAAACUCAGCUCUGUAUUUGUUUGAGUGCUAUGACACGAGAACUGAAAGCUGGCACACAAAGCCAAGCAUGCUGACUCAGCGCUGCAGCCAUGGGAUGGUGGAAGCCAAUGGCCUCAUCUAUGUUUGUGGUGGAAGCUUAGGGAACAACGUUUCUGGGAGAGUACUCAGUUCCUGUGAAGUUUAUGAUCCUGCCACAGAAACGUGGACUGAGCUGUGUCCAAUGAUUGAACCCAGGAAGAAUCAUGGGCUGGUAUUUGUAAAAGACAAGAUAUUUGCUGUGGGUGGUCAGAAUGGUUUAGGUGGCCUGGACAAUGUGGAAUAUUAUGAUAUUAAAUUAAAUGAAUGGAAGAUGGUGUCACCAAUGCCUUGGAAGGGUGUGACAGUGAAGUGUGCAGCGGUUGGCUCUGUCAUUUAUGUCUUGGCUGGGUUUCAAGGUGUGGGCCGAUUAGGACACAUCCUUGAAUAUAACACUGAAACAGACAAAUGGGUUGCCAACUCCAAAGUUCGUGCUUUUCCAGUCACCAGUUGUUUAAUUUGUGUUGUUGAUACUUGUGGAGCAAAUGAAGAGACACUUGAAACAUGAAAAGCUAGUGGACUUCAAGACAUAUCAGAGACUCAAAAAUGUGGCCACCAGUGCUUUGUUCCAAGAGUUUGGCUACAGGGUUCUGGUUUAGUAUUUUGGUAAAAGAAGUUUCAAAUGAGAGAAAUAAGAUCCUGUAAAUUUAUUUUAUAUGGAGUUCCCUAUUUAAUUCAAAGACCAUAUUUUAGCUGGCCACAUAACCACAAACAUAUCUAGCCAGAAAACUUGAAAAUUAUAAGCACUUGUUGAAAAUAUGAAUUUCUUGAAUAAAUUUCAAAUUUAUAACUAUGAUUAUGGCAGGCUGAAACAGCCUCAUCUUAGCCCUAGAUUCUAUUUUCAUAUACCAUGUAAGUGCUAUGUAGUUAGGUCUGUUCGUGUUUAGUCAGGAACUAAGAAAUAGUUUGAAUUGUAAUUCAAGAUGGGCAACUCUGAUGGAGCAGCUUAAUGUCACAAAGUUUUGCUUGUCAUUUAUUUCAUUUAGUACCAAAUGUAUUCCAUUUUGAAGUAAGCAAGGUGAGUCAAGGCAUAUAUACACUUUUCUUACAGAACUUACACAGAUUUGGGGACUUAACAGUGUGCCCAAAGCCUCAUUAAACACUUUCAAUCCAAUUAAAUAUAAUCCAUCUUUUUAACAUGAGAUGUUAAACUUUGUAUCUAUGAUUAAUUUAUAUGAUUUUACCCAGCAAUUACAAAACAGUAGUUUGCACAUUUAGUUCUCUCUGUUAAAUAAAAUCCAAUCACAAUAAGAAUGGUUAACUAGCAAAAGAUAAAUCUAUUCAUAGCAAAUUUCUAGAUCAUUAGAAAAGCACUGACAGUUUACCCACAAUAUUAGUUUUUACUUUGAACUUCAUAUGGGUUGUUUUCUUUUCCCUUACCAGAACACGUAAGAAAUAUUUAGUGUAUUUGCAUCUAAAAGUUUUGUAAUAAUUUUAGUUCAGUACAUAUCAUCUUCUAUUUGUUGCUUUUGUGUCUCAAUAAAUUGUUUACCAACCCAACUACUCACUUUUCUGGUAAUGUUUUGCCCUUUUCUCUAUGUAUGGAAUGUGGAAUGAGCCAUGUAAAAUUAUCAUCAUCAGUUUUUAUCUGAUAAUAGUAAA